CAGAGAAGUAAGAGAGAGAGAGAAAGAGGUAGAGAAAGAUAGUAAGAGGGGAAGUGAAGGAAGGACGAGGUGAUACCGUGAUAGUACUUACUUUUACCCAAUCAAAAUGCAGUGCUUUCUCCCAAUAUUAUUUCUCUUUGUAGUGAUUUGCAAGUCCACUGUUUCUCAGCAAAUGCAAGUGAUGGACGUCAAAGUUUUUCAGAGCUUAGUCGGUGCUUUAGAGAACGUCCUGAAGAGGCUUGAAGACCAACAAACCAGACUAGUAGCGUUAGAAAAGACUCAAAAUUCCAUCCUGGAAAAAGUCGCAGCACAUCGUAUGGAGAGCCAGCUGUGUGCCAAGGAGCAGCAACUAGAUGCCAUGCAGAGCGCGUCUCUAAUAGAUGAAUGCCUCUCGGGUGACCAUGGCUGCAGUCCAGAUGCCAUUUGUACCGACCGAAUAUUUGGUUACAGCUGCAGAUGCCCUUCUGGAUUUCUUGGCAAUGGAUACGAAUGUGAAGAUAUAGAUGAAUGUUUAGAGGAAAGUUUCGUUUGUGAAUCUGACAAGACGUGUGUCAACACGAAAGGAGGAUACGAGUGCACCUGUGGCGAAGGAUACAGGAAGGUGAACGGAUCUUGUCAAGAUAUCAAUGAGUGUCUGGAGGGGAACUUCACUUGCAGCCCUGGCAGAGCCUGUUCCAACGCAGAAGGAAGCUACGAAUGUGCCUGCCUAGAAGCGUUUAAGAAAGAAGAUGGUUCCUGCGAAGAAUGCGAACUUCCGUCCCUGUACAGCGGUGACCAUGGCUGCAUCUUCCCCCUCCUUACCAAACUGUCUUGGAAUGAAGCCCGAUCCACCUGCAGUGGAUUUCAAAUGAGGCUUCUUGAAAACUUCACCAAAAAGGAUGCUGUCACCAUCAUGGAUCACUUUACUUCAAUCAUGGGCUACGGCUCCAUGCCAUGGGUAGGAAUCCGAGAACUAAAAUGGGUUUCCUCUCAAGAGCCCGUGCCGCGCGACACUUGGUCAGACCUGGAACCAAAAGGAAACUGCGGCUACCUGAAUGGCCUCUAUGGCCUUUGGGAUGCCUUCUGCGAUGAAAAGGGAUUUGCUUUGUGCCAAUUCGGUUACGUGUAGUUGCAGAUGAGCGCUUCUUCUUCACCCCUAUGCUGAUGGUUCCGUUGUCCUGAUACGCCUUUUCCAGCUAUUUGUAUCGAAAACAACCUUCCUCCACUAAACCAAUCAUCUCCAAAUCUUCCUUCACUUUUUCACUCCGCUUAAUCCUUUGCCUCCCUCUUGAUCUUCUACUCAUAGCAGGUUCUACGCAAGCCCCCUUAAAACCAAAUGCCCAAACCAUCUCAAACUCGACUCUCAUCCAGCGUUGCAGAUGAGAGCAUCAUUUUUACACAUUUUUUAAACCUAAAAUUAGUGUAAAAACAAGUUUCUCUCGGUAAGAUUUAUCUUUUAGCUAUACUGCAUUUAAAGUCUCACAGCAAUUUUUAUUUAUAUUUUAUACUUGUGCCUGAGAAUUAUUAAGUUCAAAUACACGAAAUAUAGAAGAGAAAAGUGUGAUCUAUUCCUUCCCCCCUUGCCGCCCCUCUUUUUAAGUUUUAACAGCAUCAAAGUUAAUUUACCAGUAGCACAAGUUUCUCUCUAGGUUCCAAUCACUGACAAGACUGAAGGUUAUGUUUCCGUCCAGUCACGGGGAUACAUUGAAAUUUUUUGUUGGUGCAAACUCAAAUUUUAUUCCUUUACUCUUACUACUAUAAAAAUAAUAAAAUCCUUUACUCUUACUAAUAUCAAAAUAAUAAGAAAUUCGAAUGCAAAAUAUACGCUGGCAUAUUUCGAAUGUGAAUAAGCAAUUAGGUAAAUGGUGCCCAAUACAAAAAAGUAGUCUAGACUCAACUUCCAAAUAUCAUCAGAGGUCUAGUAUUGCGAGUUGAAUUUAUAAAUUCCCACGACUAUUUUUUGUGGCUUAAUUAAUGCGAAGCCCAAGAAAUUUCCUAUGAUAAGUUCCAUGGUUUUUUCUUCAUAAGUUUCAAGGUUUUUGCUUGAAAAGUUUCCAGGUUUUUGCUUCAGAAAUUUCAAGGAAUUUGCUUGAAACGUUUCCAGGUUUUUUAUUUAUUUUAUUUAUUUUUCUUUUUUGCUUGAAAAGUUUCAAGGCUUUUUAUUUAUUUUAUUUAUUUUUCUUUUUUGCUUGAA